UCAGUUACUAACUCUAAUAGAAAAUUUGUUAACUACUUUUCAAAAUGGAUUCCCUCCAACAAGAAAGUAUCUUGAUUGAGCAAGUUUGUGAGAUUUAUGAAAAGAUUUCAAAGCUUGAAACACUCAAACCUUCAAAAGAUGUCAAUAAUCUAUUCACUCAAUUAGUCCUCAUGUGCAUCCCACACUCUUCUAUUAACAUAGACACACUCCCAUCCAAUGUUCAAGAAAUAAGGUCUAAGCUCAUUAAGCUUUGUGGCGAGGCGGAGGGUCAUCUCGAAGCUCACUUCUCUACCCUUUUAGGCUCUUUCGAAAAUCCUCUACACCAUCUUGAUGUCUUUCCUUACUACUCCAAUUAUCUCAAGCUUAGUCUUCUUGAGUAUAACAUCCUCAAUCAACAUUAUUCCUGCACUAAAGAAGCCCCCAAGCGUGUCGCAUUUGUGGGGUCUGGCCCCUUACCUCUCACCUCGAUUGUCUUGGCUUCUUAUCAUCUCAAGGACACGGUGUUUCACAACUAUGACAUUGACAAUUCUGCAAACUUGAUGGCCUCUCGUCUUGUUUCAUCUGAUCCUGACUUGUCCCAAAGAAUGGUCUUUCACACUGCUGAUAUAAUGAAUGUUACUGAUGAGUUGAAAAACUAUGAUGUGGUUUUCUUGGCUGCACUUGUGGGGAUGGAUAUUGAGAAGAAAGUUGAAGUAAUCGAACAUUUGGCUAAAUAUAUGUCCCCUGGUGCCAUCCUCAUGCUCAGGAGUGCCCAUGGUGCCCGUGCUUUUCUUUACCCAGUGGUGGACCCUGAAGUUCUUCAAGGUGAGUUUGAUGUUCUCUCAAUUUUUCAUCCAGAUGAUGAUGUCGUUAAUUCAGUUGUGAUCACACGUAAGAUUGAGGACCCGGUGAGCAUUGAUCGUCAUAAUCAUCAUGAAGCAGGAAUUGGCUCUAUCAUACCCUCUAGUUGCAAGCAUUGUGAGUUCCAAGCUUUCAACAAUCCCUUAUGUUGUAUGAAAAUGAUCCAUGAGUAGAUCAUUUGGUAUUGAAAUUUUGAUGUUAAGCAUUAUACUUGGUGUGUGAUUGAAUUUUAUUGUCUGGAUGUUUUUGUAUUACUUACAUAUAGAAAAUAAAGGAUCCCCUUUGAUGUUUAAA